GUCAGCAGAAUACAGACGGAGAGAGAGAGAGAGGGAGAACAGGCUGUCUGCCUCAGGACCACUGAAUCUGCACUUAAUCUCUAGGCUGUCACACCAGCGCUCAGCGGAGGAGAGAGCAGAGAGAGACGAGAAUAGGAGCGGAGAGGGAUUUCAAUAAGGACAUCAUUGGUACGGUAUCUGGGACAAACAAUAAUGGGAACCCAAGCAGAUCGUCUGUCACCAGAUCAAACUUUAAAAAAGGAAAACUGUGUGAAAGGAAACAUCCCUUAGGAUCAUCCAUUGGAUUGUCAGAUUGUUCCUGUUUAUUUUCAGAAAAAAACAUUGGAUUCUAUUGUCUAUCUUCAGAUAAAGUGAAGGAGAGAGGAGGAUAACCCACACUGGAGGAUAACAUGUACUGGAGGAUAACCUGUACUGGAGGAUAACAUGUACUGGAGGAUAACCUGUACUGGAGGAUAACCUGUACUGUGACUGUUUGCUCCCUAAAAGCUGAGCCAACCAAACAGUAUGAGUGUAGGAGGGUCUCUGAGCUGGUUUCUCUGCUUCCGCUGCACUGCUCUCUCACUCUGCUCCUAAAGGCACCAUACAUUUGGAGUAGAAGAGGUUCUCUCACUGAUGGCCACUUUCUGACUGACUGAUUUCCCACUCAGUAUUUUCUGACUGACUGAUUUGAGCUCUUCGCUCUUUGUUGCUGCUGUUUUUCUGCUACUGCACAACUCUCUCCACGGUCCUGUCUGAGCAUCCUCCUCGUACCCCUGCCCCCCCUUUUCCACUUCUCCUCUGCCAGUUGAUGUAUUUUCUCUGCAUGCUCUCCCACUGCUCGGCAGGACAACACACUCAUGGUCGAUGCCAAGGGCCGGAAAAUGAAAUGUCUGACCUUCCUCUUGAUGCUCCCAGAGUCCGUCAAGAGCAAGUCGACGAGUUCUAAGAGCUCCAAAAAGACAGUUAACGUCGGCGGCGCUGCCGGGGGUAGUACCGGGUCCAAGCUGCCUCCGGUGUGUUACGAGAUCAUUACCCUGAAGAACAAGAAGAAGAAGAAGAUGUCAGAUAUUUUCCCCAGCGCUAAGAAGCAGGGUGGAGGGCCGGGGGCCACAGUGCAGGAGUACCAACAACAGAACCUGAAUAAUAACAAUACCAUUCAGAACUGUAACUGGCAGGGGAUGUACUCUACUAUACGAGAGAGGAACUCUGUGAUGUUCAACAAUGAGUUGAUGGCCGACGUUCACUUCGUGGUGGGACAGACAGGAGGGACACAGAGACUUCCAGGACACAGGUAUGUUCUGGCUGUUGGCAGUUCUGUGUUCCAUGCCAUGUUUUAUGGAGAGCUGGCGGAAAACAAGGAUGAAAUCCAAAUUCCGGACGUGGAGCCUGCAGCGUUCCUGGCCAUGUUGAAGUACAUCUACUGUGAUGAGAUAGACCUGAGCGCUGACACGGUGCUGGCCACGCUCUACGCUGCUAAGAAGUACAUCGUGCCUCACCUGGCCAGAGCCUGUGUUAACUACCUGGAGACUAGCCUUUCAGCCAAGAACGCCUGCGUCCUGCUGUCACAGAGCUGUCUGUUUGAAGAGCCGGAACUCACACAACGCUGCUGGGAGGUGAUUGACGCCCAGGCAGAGCUGGCCCUGCGGUCAGAGGGUUUCACUGACAUCGACUCCCAGACACUGAAGAGCAUCCUGCAGAGAGAGACCCUUAACGCCAAGGAGGAGGUGGUGUUUGAGGCAGCUCUGAGUUGGGCCGAGGCAGAAUGUCAGAGACAGGACAUAACCACCUCCUUAGACAACAAGAGAAAGGUUCUGGGCAAGGCCAUGUUCCUGAUCCGCAUCCCCACCAUGGCAUUGGACGAUUUCGCCAAUGGUGCCGCCCAGUCGGGCGUCCUGACCCUGAACGAGACCAACGACAUCUUCCUGUGGUACACCGCUGCCAAGAAACCGGACCUCCAGUUCGCCAGCCAGCCACGGAAGGGGUUAUCUCCGCAACGCUGCCACCGGUUCCAAUCCUGCGCCUACCGCAGCAACCAGUGGCGUUACCGGGGGCGCUGCGACAGCAUCCAGUUCGCCGUGGACAAACGGGUCUUCAUCGCCGGGUUCGGCCUCUACGGCUCCAGCUGCGGAUCGGCGGAGUACUCGGCCAAGAUCGAGCUCAAGCGCCAGGGCCUUCUCCUCGGACAGAACCUGAGUAAAUACUUCUCCGACGGUUCUAGCAACACGUUCCCUGUGUGGUUUGAGUAUCCCGUUCAGAUAGAAGCGGAUACGUUCUACACGGUCAGCGUGGUGCUGGAUGGGAACGAGUUGAGUUACUUUGGACAGGAGGGAAUGACCGAGGUGCAGUGUGGGAAGGUGACCUUCCAGUUCCAGUGUUCGUCAGACAGUACCAACGGGACCGGAGUACAGGGGGGACAGAUACCUGAACUCAUCUUCUACGCCUAAAUGAACACAAUGAAAUGGACCGUACCAUUACGGUUAGGAUUAGGGUAGGGGAAACUGAUCCUACAUAUGUACCUAGAGGGAACGUCAUCCCGGAGUGACUUUGAUGCCCAUGGAGAUGUGCUUGUUUUAAUCGGACUAAUUACUGACUUUGGUUUGAUGGGCGAAACAUGUCCAUCAUGUGAGUUCUGAUUGAUCUAGAUGGUACUUCCUUUGCAAGUGUCAUGAUUAGUGAUGUGAUAUGAUCCCAUUGCUGACUUUGACGGAUAAUUUCUCUGCUCGUUCUAUAAAUAUUAUUCGUUUUUCUCUCUUUCUUUAUGUGUGGGAUUUUGGAGUUUGACAACUCGUGAUUGAGGAUUCCCAGCAAACAGGGGACAUCCUGAGGACAUUUCCAUUAGGUCUCUUAAGGAUUUCGGCGCAAUGUUAUCCCACUGACGCUCUGAGAACGUUCUAAGAACAUCGCAUGAUGGUCCCAAUGUAACGUUCACUGGGGGACCUUUUUCUAGUUCCCUGUAUGUUCCCAAGACAUCACCUAGGACCAUGUCAGGACCUUUUUAGAACGUUCUCAGGAUAUUCAUUUUACUAGUCCUUAGGAAGUCGCGUGAUUGUCCCAAGGGAACGUUCUCUGGGGGACCUUUUUAUUGUUCCCGGUUUCCUGGGACGUUGUGUCAUGUUUUUUAUUUGUCACGUGAUGGAUUGACAUGGUCGUCAUGAUCACUUAGUACUGACUUUUCAACAUGACCCCACCCGGGAUUUGAACUCACAACCUCUGGAUUUGCAGUAUGCUCGAUGUUUCUGCUCUGCCAAGAAGUCUGUAGAAUGUUCCAGUCCCUUACACAAUCGUUACCUAUAAUACAUAUUCUCUGCACUUGUGCCAACAGCAACUAUUUUAGCUAUCAGUUAAUCCGAUUAUUCUCUUAUCAUUGAUUUCAUUGACUUAUUUCAGCAAUUUGAGGGUUUUUGUUAGAUUUUUUUUUCUUAUUUGAUAGUUGUCUGAUGUUGAUGAGGCAUAUUACUCUGUUUUAAUGUUACUAUUUAAUCUCUAUUAUCAAUAUAAUACUUUUUCUUCAGUGUUUUUAUUUUUUUAUGGAGCUGAGAUUUACAGGGUGUAAUCAGUCAUUGACACAGACAUGGUGGCGUAGCAGCAGGAAGAUUGGAAUGAAGUGAACCAAGAGGUUGUGAGUUCAAAUUCCAGGUGAGGACAUGUUGAAUAAUAAUUUCUGUAUGAAUAAACAUACACAAUGUAAUCAUCUAUGUCAAAGUGUGUCACAUAUGUAAAUUGAAACACUGUAUGUUAAAAGCACCUUUUUGUGUGGGUGUCCCUAACAUUGCUAAAAUACUAAUAGUUGUAAAUGGAUCAGCUGAUCACCAAUCUGGACUUGGCAACAGCAACAAGGGGUGAUGUGUAAUGGGGGACCGUUUCUUUCCGACCAUCAUGAACAAGCCGGGUACUAGACAAAAAACUUACAAGGGACCAUAAAACAACGUCCCAUGAAUGUCCUAAAAAUGUCCUCAGGAACGUGACCAACUGGGAACUAGACAAAACCUCCAGGGGACCAUGACACAACGUCCUGACCACUUUAGGGGACCAUUUCAAGGCGUCCUGAGGACGUCCUAAGAACUUAUUUUUGUUUGCAGGUUUACUUUUGGUACUGUGGGAUGGUCACCCAGCUAACAAAAUUACGUUCCAGGACGUGACCACAAAGUUAUUUUAGUCCCCACAUAAGUCAUGAUAACGUUAUUGUGAAACUUACAGACAAUGUUCCAAAAAUGUCUAUCAUUCCGAUUUUAACGUUAUAUGAAGACAAAAACCAUAGCUCUAAAUGUGACGUUAUGAAAUGUUCCUAGGAUAUCUCCAAAAUAACAUGAUAUUCAGAACCUUUCAUGGACUACCAAGGAACGUUUUUAAUGUUCCCAUGAUGUCCGUAUUGCGACCUGAUAUUUAUAACCUCUAUAAUACUUAUUAGAAACGUUAUGAAUGUGCCUAUAAGUGUCCCAAACGGGCUAUGACAUUCAGUACCUCUGGAACACUUAAGGGGAACGUUACAAAUGUCUCAGUUACGUUCCUUGUUAGCUGGGCAGCACUUUGUGCCGUGAGUUCUUCACCUCAAACAGACUCCUUAACCUCAAAUAACUUAACAGCAGACAUCUCACUGAUUGAAUGAACUGGAAAGGAUCAUCAUUGGAUUAUAUAUAAUGAAUUCCGAUUAAAAAGGAAUUGAUUCCUUGUGAAGGAGUCGAUUCCAAUUUCUCACCACUGUUAGGAAAUCGGGAAUCAAUUCUUUCUUUAAUCAACUCCCAGCCCUAAUGUUUGUAUACACUGUAUAUAGUGUAAUAUAUA